AUGACAGUUCCUCAAGGAGGAUGUGCUAUUAGUGAAUAUCUGUUGAUAGCCGACUUGGUUGUUUUACUAGCCCAGUGCGAAGCAAGCCUUUACAUCCUUCGCUCAGCUAUACCGUACAACAAGAUAUGGGCACAUAUGAAUGAAUACCAGACUCCUUCUGCUCUCCAGCGACAAGUUCGGCUUCCAAAGGCCCAUCCCUGGGUUGGCCUCGAAAGAUUACUCGUCGACAUCUUCGUCACCAACUAG